AUGGACAAGGGCUUCAUUUUGUGGAGUAAAGAGUUGCUGUACAUGGCAAGGGAGGACGGGGGUGUUCGAGGGAAUGAUCCGGAGAUCCCCCUCACCUACCUCACAGAGAGACGCAUCGGAUCGCUCCUCACCAAGACGAAUGAGCUGAAGCGGGACAUGAUACUCAAGGCCGCUGACCUGCCGCUGGGGCUGGACACCUUUGUCUCGCAUGUCAAGCUCCUAAAGUGCUGGUGCAGGAAGAGUGAGAGAUGGAAGUUGGCAUGUGGGAACUUCAUGCAAUCACCGCUGGGUGACACAUCGCCGACUUCAUCGCGGGAGGAGGUAGAGAGGGAGAGAAUCAUCUUUGAUCGCCAUACUUUGCUGAAUACAAAAACCCCAGUAGGAGGGCAGAAGGUGGCGGCGAAGGUAUGGGAAGUCCGGCUGGGGGACCUGCUGUGCCCGGACGACGUGGGGGGCCGGCGCGCAAAAGACGUAAAAUAUGUGGUGAAGGAGCUUGGCGGAGCCCCGUCUGCCCCUGAGGGUCCCUCUCUAGAGAACCCCGGUGCUCAGCGGUGGGCAGCUGACGAUGGACAGGGAACUGAAGGUUAA